AUGUCGGCGAAUUUAAGGGUUUUCAUUUUAAAUAAGCAAAGCAACAGUGAUGUGGAUAUUCCUGAAUUGAUCACAUUUUCAAAUUUUCAAUCAUUAUUCUCAAAAAUAUUAAAACUCAAGGUCUUGUUCACACCCUUCUCGCAAAAUGUCAUGCAACUUUUAGGAAAUUUUUCAACAAAUCUUAAUUGUCUAGAUUUUAAAUUACACACUUCAAAUUACACACCAGAGGUAACUCAAUUACUUUCGAUGAUAAUCAAAUCUCAAAAACAACUUGGUGAAUUCACAAUCGCAAAUGUACCAAGUACUUUGAAUGGUUUAGAUUCCAUCUUUUCUUCCUUGCAUUCUCAUAAAAAAUCUUUAAAUUCCUUAAAACUUAAUUUCGUUCACUUAACCGAACCUUCCAUCAACAUUAUAAAUCAAUUUAAUAAAUUACAUACACUUUGUUUAUAUUGUUGUGGAGGUUUGUCAAAUUCUAUCAUGAAAAGUAAUUUUCCUCUUUUAAAAACUUUACAAUUAUCUUUAUUCUUUUCUUCAGAUGUUAAUUUGCAAAUACUUGAAAAAUAUGGCAAAUCCUUAAAUCAACCAAAUUCAGAGAAUUACAGGAAGUGUGUAAAUAACGUCCAUUCAACUUUUAAAUAUGGCAAAUUUGGAAGUGCCGGUCAGAAAGAUAUUUCACGAAGAUACAAUGGUUUGAUUGAAAAGUUUCUAUUACACGCACAAGAAGAAAAGGCCGACCAUUUAAAAAAAAUCUUUACUUCCUACAUAAAUCGUUCAAUUCAUGAAGCUUCUAUUCCCAUACAUACGCGUUAUGAUAUGCUGUAUCUUUUGCUAAAUUUAUCAGAAUCACCUCUUCAAGUCCCAUUCAGCCUUGCCCUUCCGAAAUCAAGGUCAUCAAAACCUCAGUUAACGGUUGAAGAUAUAUUUCGUGAAGAACCAUUGGAAGACAUGGAUCAGAGAAAGUCAAUACAAAAGAACGUACCAAAUUCCGAGCAACAGAAUGAAAAGGUCGACGUUUUAGAAUUUGAUAUAAACCACGAAAUCAUUCGAGAAUUGGAAUCGAAACAAUAUUGGAGGAGCGAUUUUCGUUAUAUUCCUGAAGAAACAAAGUUUAAUUCCGCCGAUGCUUGUACCCUGGCUCCUGCGCUUGCCGAGUACAAAAGUCGGGACGAACGUUAUCUAUUUCACGAUCCAACUCGGGUGGAAUAUCUAACAGAACUCGAUGCAAUACGUGAAGUUUUGUUCAUGUUAUCGGGAAGGCCGAGUUAUUUAUUUCAUCAGCAGGGAAAUGGAAAAUUUCAGAUUAAAAGUAAUAUAACGUUGACGCAUUUGUCCGAGGGUGGAUUUAUGGCUUUGUUGGAAUUUUUUUGCGAUUAUGGAAAUAAAUUGUUUAAGUUGAGAAUGAUUGCUUCAAAAAUAUGUAGUGAACCUUGCUCUUUAUAUGGACAAACAGCGCAGGCAUUUUCUGCUUCUAUUUUGAAGAUGGUUUGGAAAUUUGACAAACUGUUGGCAGAUUUCGAAUUGGAAUAUCAGGUUGAUCGUAUAAAAUCUCGAGACAUACCAGAACUUUGCCAUAAAGAAAAUACUUCUAAACAGUCCAGGGAUCUAUUAAUAACACCAUCGAAAAUUGCUUAUGAUAUUCUUUCCGGAUUGUAUAAUGAGAUUUCUACGCAUCAAACCGUUGGAAAUCAUUCGAUUUUCCUAAUGCUUGGAAAACACCUUGACAAUUCGUUUGUUCCUUUUAUUCGUAUGAUGAAUGACUGGAUUUGCAAGGGGACAUUUCAUGAUCCCUCAAAUGAAUUUUUCAUCGUUAGAACAAGUGUAAUUCAAAAUUCAUCACAGUAUUGGAAAGAAAUGUAUAAGAUCCGAGAAGUUUUGUCAUUUGAUGGUUCAACUUCGUCACUGUUGCUAUUUCCAACUUUCUUGGAACCUUUCAUAGGGCGUAUUUUGUUUUCCGGUAAAGCAAAGAAUUUAUUAAUGUCUUUGAAGCUUGAAGAGAAAGAAGUAAUGUUUCGAAUGACUUUUCAACAUCAUCCGGAGGAAUUUGAUUUUGAUACAAAAUCCUUGCAGUUAUUUGAUUUGAGCAAACCGGACGAUGAGCUUGGACCGUUAAAUAAACCUGCUGGAAAAGAUUUCAUGUCAGCUCUUUUUCCUCUUUGGAAUAAAUCAAAAAUACAAACAGAAGAAGAUAUGGGAACAAAGUCACUAUCGCAGAGUUACAUUGGUGAUGAUCAACAUCAAAAUAUAGAUCCAAUGAUAAAUUUCCAACCUUUCACCGAACGAUUCAGAGAAAAGUUUGAAGUUUAUCUUCAUCCAAGAUAUACGCGCAUAGGACAACAGCUCUAUGGUGCCUUAGUUGAGCGGUGUCAUCUUUGGAGACAUUUAAGAGCGCUUGCAGGAAUAUAUUUUAUGCAACAAGGCGAAUCAAUGCAUCUAUUAACCGAUGUUUUGUUUGAUAGGAUAGAUAAGAAACAAAUGUGGUACGACUCUUAUGUUCUGAAUGAAGUAGUUUUAAACACCAUCAAGAACUUCAAAUGGUUAGAUAAGAGUUCAGUCAUUGUUUGGGUAAAUGACGAGGCAGGCAAAAAACCAAAUAUAAAAACAGUGAGAGUAUUUGAAAAAAUUGCUUUUGAGUAUCGACUACCUUGGCCACUUGACAAUAUAAUUCGUAGCAAUACGUUAACGUCAUACAAACGAAUAAUUGUGUUUUUGUUGCAAGUUAAAAGGGCGAAAUAUCUUUUAGAAAGGUUGUCCUUUUCUCGAAAUCAAGACAACUCUCAAGCCAUGGCUCUAUUUUAUGGUGUAAGAAUGAAGUUAAUAUGGUUCUUAAAUACAAUAUGGGAUUACGCCAUGAGAACCAUACUACUAUCAGAAACAGAAAACUUUUAUAAGAAGCUGGAAUUAGUGUUUGAUAUCGAUGAGAUGAUUUCUUUACACGGGAAUUAUAUUCGCACCGUUCACGAUAGGUGUCUGUUGAAUGAAAAUGCAACUCCGAUGCACAAAUCCAUAUUGGAUGUUUUGGAUUUAAUAAUACAGUUUAGUAUACUUUAUACAAGAUAUCGUGGUGAAAAUGUUUCCUUUUAUGAUCAUUCUCGGGACGAUAAAUCAAGAAGGUUCAUGGAUGAUAAUUCAGAUUCAGACUCGGAUUCAUUCUUAAUCGAUGAUGAUGAUGAUCAACUGGAUAAAGAAGGAGAAAAUGGAUUUGAAUCGAUUGUACCACAUCUAGUAGAUUACGAUGAUUUUCUUAAUGGAUUAUGCAGGAUUGAUAAAGAAUUUAAUAGACACAAAGAAUUUAUUAGUAAUUCAAUACAAGCGAUUGCUAAAGUAGGAGGAUUUUGGUGGUUUGAUGCUUUAGCAUUAGCUUUAGGCUGA